UCGUCAUUCGACAUUCCAGUUCAAGUAAAAACAAGUACUCCGCAACACUUCAAACCCGAAAACAUAAUCCCAUUCAAAAGGUCCCGAAUCCAACGAACUAAACCCGCCGUCCUUUUGGCUCACGGAUUUAUCGUUCUUUCUCAGCGGUAGGCACACCCUUCAUGCCCACGUGUCUCUCCCUCGCCCUCAUCCUCCCCAUUCGAUCGUCUUCCCCACGCUGCCACCUCUGCCAAAUUCCAGUCAAGUCUUCCAACUUCUGCAACUCCCCAAAAACCCCUAAAUGCCCCUCAAUUCUUAGACUAAUUACUUCCUCCUCCAACUCUUUUCUUCUUCUCCUAUCGGUUUUGUUCCGGUGAAGGAACGAGAUGAUGGGCUCUGAGAACCGGGGCUCUGACGAAGCCCACCUCCACGCGCCCAAAGAAGAAAUGGAGGAUCUCGUCCUCUACGGUCAAUUGAAUGGCAAUAAAUCGUACUCGAAUUAUCGCAGCGCCAUGUCGUCGCUCUCCGAUACGACACACCCCCUCUCGUCGUCGCCGUCCUCCUCCCAGAUCGUCUCCGCCGCCGCCUCCGCCACCACCACCGCAACAACGCCAGCCGACGCCGAUCCCCUUUUUGCGCCCUCACCGUAUCUCGAUCUGCGAAACCCUAGCUCGGACCCUGAUAACUCCACGUACCUCGAUACGCCUUCGUACACCGACGUGGCCUUCAGCCCCUUCGAUGCCGCAACCGCCGCCGAAAUCAACGGCAUCGAGAGCCCCGGCAAGAGCUCCGACAACUCGAGCUCGUACUCUCUCUCGCGAUCUCCGUCUUCCUCUUCCGAGUACCUAAAAAUCACGGUCUCGAAUCCUCAGAAGGAGCAGGAAGGCGCGAAUUCGAUCGUUCCGGGAGCUAACACAUACGUCACGUACCUGAUCAAGACUCGGACGAACAUUCCGGACUUCGGCGGAUCGGAAUUCGGUGUCCGGCGGCGGUUUCGGGACGUGGUGACGUUAUCGGACCGGUUGGCGGAGUCGUACAGAGGGUUCUUUAUACCGCCAAGGCCGGACAAGAGCGUGGUGGAGAGUCAGGUGAUGCAGAAACAGGAGUUCGUGGAGCAGAGAAGAGUGGCGUUGGAGAAGUACUUGAGGCGAUUGGCUUCGCACCCGGUGAUCAAGAGAAGCGAUGAAUUGAAGGUGUUUUUGCAGGUGCAGGGGAAGCUUCCCCUGGCAUUAACCACUGAUAUGGCGUCUAGGAUGCUUGAUGGGGCGGUGAAGCUUCCUAAGCAGUUGUUUGGGGAGAGUGGGGCGGUACUGGCGCCUCACGAGGUGGUUCAGCCUGCGAAAGGCGGCAGGGAUUUGUUGAGGUUGUUCAAGGAGUUGAAGCAGUCUGUAGCUAAUGAUUGGGGAGCUUCGAGGCCGCUGGUGGGGGAGGAGGAUAAGGAGUUUUUAGAAAAGAAAGUGAAGAUGAGCGAGCUGGAGCAACAGCUCAGCAAUGCAUCUCAGCAGGUAAUGCCUGAAUCACUUGUUAAAGCUCAACAAGACAUGGGAGAGACGUUGGGAGAGUUAGGACUAGCGUUUAUUAAGCUGACCAAAUUUGAGAACGAGGAGGCCUUGUUCAGCUCUCAGAGAGUGCGGGCUGCCGACAUGAAGAAUGUGGCAACUGCUGCAGUCAAAGCCAGCAGAUUCUAUCGGGAGUUAAAUGCUCAAACCGUCAAGCAUUUGGAUACAUUUCAUGAAUAUCUCGGGCUAAUGUUAGCUGUCAACGGUGCAUUCUCAGAUAGGUCAAGUGCUCUGUUGACAGUGCAGACUCUUCUAUCAGAAUUGGGUUCGCUGCAAUCACGAGCCGAAAAACUUGAAGUUCAAUCCAAUAAAAUAUUUGGUGGUGACAAAUCAAGGAUUCGCAAGCUAGAAGAGUUAAAUGAAACCAUAAGAGUCACCGAGGAUGCUAAAAAUGUAGCAAUCAGAGAAUAUGAGCGGAUCAAGGAAAAUAACAGGAGUGAACUUGAAAGACUUGACAACGAGAGGCACACUGACUUCUUGAACAUGUUGAAGGGAUUUGUGCAUAAUCAGGUGGGAUAUGCCGAAAAGAUAGCAAAUGUGUGGUCAAAUGUUGCAGAGGAGACCAGUCCGUAUGCGAAAGAGAGCCCUUGAACCUUAUGUCUGUAAAUGAAAUUUUCACUUCUUUUUUUCUUCAUAUUUAUAUUGAUACCCACUUCAUAGUAAAUUGCAUUACAUUCAUUAGAAUAAAACGAUAAAAAUGGAGCUCCGGGUAGUUUAUAAACUUUAACCUUCCCAAAGUUGUAUCUGUUAGAUAGAUAAUCACACGAUUUUAGAGUUGAUGCUGUAAAUUGCUUGCUACUUGUUUGAUAUGUGGAGCUUUUUAAUCCAUGAGUUUCUGAAUGUGAGCCGGUACUCGGCUCUCGACUGUUGGCUUCAA